AAAAAAUCAAUGUAGCUCAAAAUGGCGGGAAAAUGUCCUUACAGCCCUUUUUGCCUCGAAAUAAAACCCUAACCUAAUUUUUACAGAGCAAUAGCUAUUCGUUGCGUAUUCUCUUCAAUUUCCCCAUGGAUACUAAUAGUAUUUUCACGGAUUCCACUGAUCGUUGCCUGUAGACACCUUUCUUCUUCUUCACGAAAUUAGGGUUUCGUGUGCCCUAGGGUUUUCCAACGGUGUUUUUGCUGUUUAAUUUAGUUUGAUUUGUGGCUUUUUUGUUAGAUUAAUUUAGGUUUUGAUUAUGGCUGAUGCAUUUGAAGAGGAAGGUGAUCAGACUGUUUCGAUUAAUGAGUAUCUCGAAGAUCUCGAAGAGCAGGAGCUGGAGGCGGAUCUGGUCUUAGGUGGUGAUGAAGGCAAGGAGUGCACCUAUAGUAAAGGUUAUAUGAAGAGACAAGCUAUUUUUUCUUGUUUGACAUGCACACCAGAUGGGAACGCUGGGGUUUGCACAGCUUGUAGCCUUUCUUGCCAUGAUGGUCAUGAGAUUUUGGAACUUUGGACGAAGAGAAACUUUAGGUGUGACUGUGGAAAUUCAAAGUUCGGGGAAUUCUUCUGCAAGCUUGACGCUAGCAAAGAUGUUGAAAACACGGAGAAUUCAUAUAAUCACAAUUUCAAAGGUUCAUACUGCACAUGUUGCCGGCCAUAUCCUGAUCCUGAUGUUGAAGACCAAUUGGAGAAUCUCCAAUGCUGUAUCUGUGAGGACUGGUUUCAUGAGGAGCAUCUUGGUCUUGAGUCCUCUGAUAUGGUUCCAAGGGAUGAAAAUGGGGAGCCUCAAUUUGAGGAUUUAAUCUGCCAGGGAUGCGCAGCUAUUUGUUCUUUUCUAAAGCUAUAUCCUCAUUCUAUAUUUGCACCGGUUCAGCAGCACACUGCUACAAACUCUUCGAAGGACAAGGAGGUGGUUGAAGAUGCACCCUCGACUGUGGGAUCUUCUGAGGAGCUUAACAGUGGAAGUUCCUCAAUUGAGACUCCUGUAACUGAGGAUAAUCCUAAAAAAGACUUCACCGGGAAGGCUGUUGUUGGAGAAAAUGUUGCAACAAACACAAUUCUGAAUCAGUGUAACCAAAUUGCUGGUCCUAGUACCAAAUGUGUCCUUGGACUGAACUUGUUAGAAGCUCCAAUUCGCCUUGAGAAAAGCAAGCCAAUGUUCCUUUCUAACGACUGGAGAGAAAUUCUCUGUAGGUGUCCAAAUUGCACAGAAUUCUACAAACAGAAAGGGCUUGCCUUCUUACUUGAAAGAGAGGAUACAAUUGCAGAAUAUGAGAAAAUGGCAAAGCAGAAGAGAGCUCAACAUGAGCAAGAACUUAGUGCUGAGAUGCUUAAUAAACUGGGCCACGUUGGGAAAAUGGAGGUUUUGACUGGCAUUGCUUACCUUAAAGACGAGAUCGGUACCUACCUGGCAUCCUUCGAUCCAUCAAAGCCAGUUACAUCUGCUGACGUUCAUAAGAUUUUUGAGAAUCUUGCCCAGAAGCGCAGGCGUAUGACUUAAGUUAUUUUGAAUGUUCAAGAAAGGUAGCUUUGCAACUGCACAUCGAGUGUAGUUAGUUUUGCUGCUCAACACUGAAUCAUGUACUAGCAAUUUUAACUGCUCUAUAUAUGUACCAAGGGGAAUUCUUAGUGUGCUUUACUAUCUAAGUUUAGCUUUAUCAUAUUGUCUUACCUAUAGUGAGAGUACGAUCAUGUUGUUAAGCUCAAAGAACUCCUUUAUGCUAGAAAGUUUCUAUUGGAUCAAAAUUUCUCGUUCAUCUUA